AUGAAAGGCUUCACUAUAGCUCUCGUCUCUCUUCUCAUGGCCUGCGACAUCACCAUCGCUCGUCCUAGUCUUCACGCAUCCGACAAUUACAACCAGCUGGAAGUCCGCAAAAUCAGGCGAGACGACGCUGCGUCGCUUGCCGACCAUACCGUACUAUUAGACCGCAGACAGGGCGGUGGUCGAGGAGGCGGUGGUGGCGGUCGAGGUGGUUGCGGCGGCGGUGGUGGAAAUGCCAACGCUGGCAACAACGCAGCCAAAGGCAACAACGGGGGCAACAAUAGGGGCAAUAAUGGCAAUAACAAUGGUGCCGCUGCUGCCGCCUCUGCUUCGGCCGCUGCAGCUGCUGCCCAGGCAUCGGCUGCUGCCGCAGGUAACAAUGCGGCCAACAAUGGGAACAACAACAACAACAACAACAACGGUAACAAUAACGCGGCCGCUGUUGCGAUCAACGAGAAUGGUCAAGCAGGCCCCGCGGUCCCCAAGCUUCAGGAAAAUACCGGUGGAACCACUCUCGACAAGAGCGUAUUAGUGUCAACCAAGGCCAACGCCAAUGCCACCGCUGGUCAAGCUGCCAGCGCUGUUAGUGGUAAUAACUUCAUCAACUUCUGUAAAGGGAACACCAUUACCAACGGUCUUCAGGUCAAGGAAGGUUCCUGCAACCCUAUCGUCAUGGGCCAGAUUCCUAGUACUCAGAACAUGGUUACGACUACCUUCUCUCAGCCUAAAAAUGGAGCCACCAUCAAGGCCGGUCAGACCUUCACCAUGGCCCUAAAGUCCUCGGGCAUCACCAUGGGUUCUUUCACCAAUGCCCAAGCCAACUACUAUGCUGCUCCCCAGCAGGUUGACCAGUCUGGUCAAGUCGUUGGACACGCCCAUGUUGUGAUUCAGGCCAUGAAAUCGAUGGACGACGAUUCCCUCCUCGACCCCAAUACCUUCGCUUUCUUCAAGGGCCUUGACAAGACCGAUGUCAAUGGCUUGUCUACUCUGGAUAUUUCGGGUGGUCUCCAAGCUGGUGCUUACCGAAUGUGCACCAUUAUGAGUAGCAGUAAUCACGCUUCUGUGAUCAUGCCCAUCGCUCAGCGAGGUGCCGAAAACACCUGUACCUAUUUCCAAGCAGCCUAG